UUUCCAUCAACACAACAAAAGGCGAAUAGAAAAGAAAGUCGCCCAUUUUCACUUUCCCCAAUUUCCAUUCUAUUCUCUCUAUUGAACCCAUAACCUAUACAUACACACAAUUCAAUCCACAUCCGUGUAUAUAUACAGAUCGAGAAGGGUGGGGUGGGGUGGGUGAAAAAGGAGAAAUGGCAUCGGAGGAUGAAUUGAUGAUGCAGGACGCCACCGACGACGGCGAAUCCUUCGAUGAUGACUUCUACAGCGGCGGCGAUGCCCAUGAGUCCGACGACGAUGACGUCAUGGAUUACGAUUUCAACGACAACGAAUCCGACGAUGAUUCCGAUACGUGCCUCGCUCAUAACCGUUCUCAGUCAAAUUUUAGCAUCUUGAAUGAAGCUGAUAUUCACAAACGCCAAGAGGAUAGUAUUACAAAGAUAUCUACAGUGCUUUCCAUUUCAAGGGUAGCUGCUGGUAUUCUGCUUCGCCAUUAUAACUGGAGUGUCAGCAAAGUGAAUGAUGAAUGGUUUGCAGAUGAAGGAAAGGUCCGCAGGAUUGUUGGUUUAUUAGAGAAUCAUGUGCCGCUCCCUGAUGAAGAAGAGCUUACAUGUGGAAUCUGCUUUGAUGAUUAUCCUCGUAAUGAGAUCACUGCCGCUGCUUGUGGUCAUCCUUUUUGUCUCACCUGUUGGCAAGGGUAUAUUGGCACGGCCAUUAGUGAUGGUCCUGGAUGCUUGAUGCUGCGCUGUCCUGAUCCAUCUUGUAGUGCUGCUAUAGGUCUAGAUAUGAUAAACAAAUUGGCAAGUGACGAUGAUAAAAAGAAGUAUAAGCACUACUUUAUCAGGUCAUUUGUGGAGGACAAUAGAAAGACAAAAUGGUGUCCUGCUCCAGGAUGUGAUUAUGCAGUUGACUUUAUUGUUGGUAGCGGAAGUUAUGAUGUUACUUGCGGCUGCUCAUAUAGUUUCUGCUGGAAUUGUACUGAGGAAACUCAUCGUCCAGUUGAUUGUGGAACUGUGUCCAAGUGGAUUUUGAAGAACAGUGCUGAAUCUGAAAACAUGAAUUGGAUAUUAGCUAAUUCUAAGCCUUGUCCGAAAUGCAAGCGGCCAAUUGAGAAAAAUCAAGGGUGCAUGCAUAUCACGUGCACACCACCCUGUAAAUUUGAGUUUUGCUGGCUCUGCCUUGGCCCUUGGACGGAUCACGGUGAGAGAACAGGUGGCUUCUAUGCAUGCAACCGUUACGAGGCAGCAAAACAAGAGGGGGUGUUUGAUGAAUCUGAAAAGAGGAGAGAAAUGGCAAAAAAUUCUUUAGAGAGGUAUACACAUUACUACGAAAGAUGGGCCACCAACCAGUCGUCUCGGCAAAAGGCACUUGCAGAUCUUCAGCAAAUGCAAACAGUACAUCUUGAGAAGCUGAGCGACAAACAGUGUCAACCCGAAUCACAGCUCAAAUUUAUUAUAGAGGCCUGGUUGCAGAUAGUUGAAUGUAGGCGUGUGCUAAAAUGGACAUAUGCAUAUGGUUAUUACUUACCUGAGCAUGAACAUGCCAAGAGGCAGUUCUUUGAGUAUCUGCAAGGUGAGGCUGAGUCUGGACUUGAACGGCUUCAUCAGUGUGCGGAGAAGGAACUCCAGGGGUACCUCGAUGCAGAAGGCCCGUCAAAAGAGUUUAAUGAGUUCCGGACAAAGCUUGCAGGGCUUACAAGUGUGACUAGAAAUUAUUUUGAGAAUCUGGUCCAAGCCUUAGAAAAUGGUCUCGCGGAUGUGGACGCUCAUGGUGCUUACAGCAGGGCAGCUAGCUCGAAAAGCCUGGGUGGUGGGAGCAGCAAAGCAAAAGGCGGUAGAGGGAAGGGAACCACAUCGAGGUCAAGCAGUUCCAGAAACAUCGAUGAUUCAGGACAUUGGUCUUGCGAGUAUUGUACAUAUGCCAAUGUUAGGUCUGCUACCGCAUGCCAGAUGUGCCAGCAGCGCCGUUGAAGCCAUUUUUGAGUUGCUACUGCUUCAGUCUGGGAAUUCCUCAUUAUCUGCUGAUUGCUAUGGCUGAGGUCCAGAUCCAGAUGAAGAUACGGGUUUCUAAGCUGGAGACAUGCUGGAAUGGGACGGAACCUAACAGUCGAGAACUAUGAUGGAGAAGCAUGAAAUGAUGGCCAUGAGUUGGAAGCCUUCAUACCUCUUAAGAUGAAAUGUACAUAAUGUUUGUUAUCUGUCAUCUUUGUAACCUGUAUCUGACUUGUGCAACAAAAUGUUCUUUUGUAAUAUUCAACUCCCUGAUUAUAUAACGUUGUUGUGUUGGUAAAGUGUUACUUUA